AUGGCCGAUUUACUUAACAACAGACUCGCUUCUCUACAAAAAGCUCUUGAUAUUGCGCUCAUGCACACAACAUCAGAUAAUGCACCAAAACUCAACGAAGUUUGGGCAGUUACAUCUCAAAACAGAGCUGCUCUCGUCAAUGCAAUGACAGAACAAUCACUUUUAUCAAGAAGAGUCGAUGUUUUGCAGCAAUUAAUUGAUAAUUUGCAGCAAAAUCCAUCAAAUCCUGAAUCUCCGAACCGUCCAAUGCUUUCAAGCAUCAUGGCACAUCAAACAGCAGCAACACGUGCAGGAAUGUUGAUUCCGUUAGACAACGACAUUCGUGCAAAAGAACAUCAAAAACUAGAAAAAACAGUUGACCAUCUUGGCGGCCAAAUCGAUGCUGCUCUUCAAGAUAUCCUUCGAAUCAAGAACGCCGUCAACAGGAAUGAGAAAGAUGUUAGAGAUGUCGUACUCGCAAUCAUCGAUGAAUUCAAAUUGAUCAGAACAAACGCGAGUGGUUUAGAACAUCUUCCUCCACUUAAUUUGGCAACAUGUGUCCCCAGUUUCUUCAAUAAUCCAAGCUUCACAUUUGCACGUGUUGGUGGUGACGAUGAAUCACCAGAUGAAUCUGAUAGAUCUAGCUCUCUUCCAACAGGAUCAGGCACAUCAACACUUGAAAGAAUGAGACUUGGAAGAAGAGGAAGAUACAGAGAAGACAGCGAAAACGAAGACAUGAUCAGUGGCGAAAUUUCAGAAGAUGACAUUGGCAUAAAGAAGAAACAGUCAACAACGUUCUUCAAGACUAAAAAGAUCUCUGGAUUGAUGCAUAUAAUUUCUCGACAGCCUAACUAUAACUCUCCACCUCCAAAGCUUGAUAUUGAUGACAAGAAAUCAGUGAAAAACGAUGACAAAAAAUCAGUUAAAAGUGAAAGUGAAAAUGAUAACAUUUCAACACAAGUUUCAGGUAAUAUUUUGUAUGUUGGGAAUACGUCUAAAUCGCAGCCAGAGCAGACAGUUGUCCAUGUAAUUGAAAAGGAAACAUCGGAACAGUUGAAAGGACAAAUGGAACUUUUCAUCAAAAACAAAAAUGAACUUAUGUCAGCUGUUGAAAGAAAAGUUGAUCGCGAUUUUGUUGAGAAAGUAUUUAACAAGUUCAGAGUUAUCAUCAACGGAUUGAAUGAACGAGUGAAAGAGCUUGCAUCGUCUAUGGAUAAAUUCGCCACUCAAAAGGACGUUCAGACAGUUGCCGAAGUUUUGUCACAGACAGCAGCGAUGGUCGAAAAAUCAUCUACAAAACAAGGCAAACUUCCUGUUUCUAACUUCGGCGGAAGUGGAGAUUUCGUCUAUGGUGAUGAUGGUUCUGCAUUUGUUAAAGAAACUAAGAAAGAAUCAUCUGAAUUACCUCUUCUUCAGAAAUCAAAUAACAACAGAUAA